CCGGCCUCGGCCUUACUUCUUACUUCAUACAUGAUCGACCUAGUGUAAAUUGAGUGAUUAUUUUUAAACCAAAAUAUUUUGUGAAUUUAGUGCAGUAUUUACUUGAAGAAAAAUGGCUGGACAAACUAUCAAUGACCGUCUCUUGGCAGCAAAACACAGCAUAGCUGGCCAGGGUCUCGCAAAAUCAGUCUGUAAGGCUACGACCGAAGAGAUGUUAGGACCCAAGAAAAAGCAUUUAGACUAUUUAAUUCAUUGUACUAAUGAACCAAAUGUAUCUAUUCCUCAAAUGGCCAAUUUAUUAAUAGAAAGAUCCCAAAAUACAAGCUGGAUAGUAGUUUUUAAAGCUUUAAUUACUACACAUCAUAUAAUGUGUUAUGGAAAUGAAAGAUUUACUCAAUAUUUAGCUUCUAGUAAUGUGUCCUUCCAGCUUUCGAAUUUUGUAGAUAAGACAGGAGUUCAAAGUGCUGUAGGAGCACGUACAGGUUAUGAUAUGUCGCCAUUUAUAAGAAGGUAUGCCAAAUAUUUGAAUGAAAAAGCUCUAUCAUAUAGGUCAGUGGCUUUUGAUUUUUGUAAAGUAAAAAGGGGCAAAGAAGAAGGUACUCUAAGAACAAUGAAUACUGAGAAUCUACUUAAAACUCUUCCUAUUUUACAAAAUCAGUUGGAUGCUCUUUUAGAGUUUGAUUGUACUGCAAAUGAUCUCACAAAUGGUGUAAUUAAUAUGUGUUUCAUGCUGCUGUUUCGUGAUUUGAUCAGGCUUUUCGCCUGCUACAAUGAUGGUGUAAUUAAUCUGUUAGAAAAAUAUUUUGAAAUGAACAAAAAACAGUGUAGAGAAGCAUUAGAUUUAUACAAAAAAUUCUUAAUAAGAAUGGAUAGAGUAGCAGAAUUCCUAAAAGUUGCAGAAAAUAUAGGCAUAGACAAAGGAGAUAUUCCAGAUCUUACAAGAGCACCAAACAGUCUUUUAGAUGCUCUUGAACAGCACUUGGCUUCAUUAGAGGGAAAUACUCCAACAGCUGCCACUACACAGAAAAAUGUUAAGUCUGGAGUUUCUGCUUUAUCAAAUACUAGUAAUGCCUUUGGAACUGCAGUGGAUGACUUAUUUAAACAAGCAGCAGUUGCUGAAGAAGAAGCAGCUCUAAAUCAUUAUAGAGCAACUGUUGGAUCUCCAUCUGCUGCAAGUACAAAUCCCUUUUUAAGUGAUGAACCUGCAGCACAGAGUGAACCCAUCCUUGAUCUUUUCUCCAGCGGACCUCCACCUGAGGCUUCUAAACCAACACAAUCUUCCAAUGCUCUUGAUGAUCUGCUUUCUCUUGGUGGUAAUCCAUUUGCUGAUUUUUCUGCUCCUACUACCACAGCACCAAUAGGACAAGAUGCAUUUGGAGCAACAACUAAUGUUGACAAUAAUUUAUGGGGUGCCAAUGGGUUUACUAGUAACAAUGUAUUUCAAGCACAGCCACCAGUUCAAGCUCAACCAUUUGGAAAUUCUACUGAUUUAAGUGGGUUCUUCAAUACAAAUGAACCUUCAGUCUUUGAUCCCUUAGGGGAAUCCAAGUCUAACAAUGUUCAAAUUAUGCAACAACCACCUAUUGCACCUCAACCACCCAAACCUGCCCCAGCUAAACUACUUACAGGAGAUUUAGAGUCUAGUUUAACAUCUUUGGUUGAUAAUUUGUCUAUGGACUCAGUUAAUAGAGGUUCUCAAUGGAACUCUCCCAAGAAUCAAGCAAAACCUACUGGAAAUUGGCAAGGGCAGCCAAUGACUGCACCAGGCUAUAGGCCUGUAGGGCAGUCAAUGGGUCAGUCAAUGAUGGCACAACCUAUGAUGGGUCAGCCCAUAAUGGGUCAACCAGUUAUGGCUCAACCGAUGCAACCUAUGUUGGGACAAGUUAACCAAUUUACUGCAAUGCAAAAACCAGUGAUGGGAAGUCCAAAAAUGAAUGUUGGGUCCUCCCAACAGGAGGUAACCUUUGAUCCCUUUGGAGCAUUGUAAUGUAAAAAAUAUUGAAUAUAUAUCUGUAAUAACAAAAUAUGUAAAAUUCUAGCAACCCUAAUGAGACAACCAUUUUUUAAAUUGAUCAUUUAAAAAAUCUAGAACAAUUAACAAACAAUUCUUAAGCUUCGAGAUCCUUUUUUUUUUGUAAUCCAAACUUUCUUCUAAAAUGUUGUUCAUAAUCAUCUUAUCAUUCUUAUCAUGUGAAAAACACAAUUUUGAAUUUAUAUUAAUAGACAAUUUCUUAUUAUUUUUUCGUCAUAUUUCAUUUUGUUUCCAUUAAUAACCUUGUGUUUUUCAACUGUUUCUGUACAUAUAGUGCCCUUCGAAGUUUUUGAUAAAUCUCUAGAAUCAGUGGAGAUGUCUCCCCCCGUUAAGAAUAAUUUGUACUGGAAAAAAUCUAAAUGUUUUGCUACAAUAAAACAUUAUAUAGCCUGUGUGUUUUAGAUUAUUGACAAAAAAUUACUCGCUAGAAGGAUGUGUUAUCUGUUAUAUAUAUAUAAAUAAUUUUGUAAACUAUUCAUCAUAUUUUGUCGUUAAGAUAAGGAAACCAACACAAAGGAAACAGAAUAUUUAAACAGAAAUAAUCUUUACAUUCUAUAAUCAAAAUCGGAUUCAUUUUAUCUUGGUUAAACUUUGAUUAUUGAACUAUUUCAAAAAACAUUUUCUAUUUAAACUGGUAAUAGUCCAUUAUGUAGCACUAUUGAUCAUAUUCUAACCAACGCGAGUGGUGAAAACUAGUAUACAUAAAAUCUACAUUAUUUUAAGGGGAGGAAAAAAUAUAUUUACAAGUACUUACAGCAAUAUGUAGAAAAUUACUCUCUGGACCAUUAUUCAUUGUCUGUCAUACUGGUUCAAUGCUAGAUUUAAGUAAUUCCAAAUAAAUUUCAAUAUUCAUAAAACAGUACAAUCACAAAAAUAUUGAACUUUUCUGGUUAAUUAUAAUUUUAAGAACUUAGAUUAGUAUGUAUGAUUAUGUCAAAUAGCUCUGAUUUAUAAAAAAAUGUCUUUGGUAGUUUAGGACAAUAUUAUGGUAGAUACUGAACACAGUGUUUACACUGCCACUACAUCAACACUUACAAUUAAAAUGUCUGACGCGCUUUUCGAUAACCAAGUUCUCGUCUUCAGAGACUGAAGGUAAACUAAAACCUUGACCUACCUGUUUUAUAAUGAAUUGACUACUAAACUAUAGAGUGGACUGUAAGGAAUUGGCCCUUUGUCUUUAUUUGAGCUUUUCUUACAUUUUUCAAUAUCAUUGCUUUCAAAUACAUCCAACAAUUUAUUAUUGGAUACAUUUUUAUAUAUUUUUACAUUAAUAAUAUUUAUUUAAAUUGCUAAAUCUAAGAAGAGCUUAAAUAAGUACAAAGGGUCAAUUCCGUACAGCCCGCUCUAUAGUUUAGUAGUCAAGGAAUAUAUGCUAAGAUUCCCACCAAAGAAGGUUUUCCAUUGGAAUUAAUUUUCAUUGGAGAAGGUUUAUUGGUGAGAAACUUCAAUAUAAAACAGGUAAUUCAAGUUACUAGGUUUUAGUUUACCUUCAGUCUCUGAAGAUGACAACUUGGUUAUCAAAAUGCGCGUCAGACAUUGUAAUUGUAUGUUGGUGUAGUGGUAGUGUCUAGUAUGAAUAUCACCAACAGUUUCAGAAAUUCCAACUUAAUUUUAGUAGAUGCUGAAAAUUGAAAUACAUCAAACCUGGUAACUUAAAAAAUAAGUUCUUCCAAUCUUAAUUGUAGUACAAUGUUAAAUAGAGAUAAGCCAUGAAUGUGUACGAAGAAAAUUUAAAUUAUUAAAGAGAUUGGAUACAUACAGCUGGGGUAUAAUACCAACAUUAGUAUAUGACAUUGAUGAAAUGGAUUACAGAAAAAAAUAAUUGGAAAUGUCUUGAAGAAGUAUUCUUAGAUAGAAAAUAUUAAAAAUGUUUUUGAGUUUUGAAUUUACUAUAUAUGUUGUUUUGAUAUUCAUGGUGAUUUGCUAGAGUAUACUGAUAUUAAAAUGUCAAAAAUGAUCUCAUUAAGUAUGUUCGUUUGACAGUUAACUCUUUUAUUUGUUCUGUCUGGCUUACAAAACACCCACUAUAAAAUCAAAAAUAUGUUUUCUGAACCUGCAAAAAAGUGUUUGUUAAUUGUUCUGAUAAUGGCAUAAGGUGAAUCAUCUCACAAAAACUCCAAUAUACAAUCAAUGUAAAUAAGCUGUUAACUUUUACAUAUUUUACAUUUUUUAAAUACAUAACAUCUUGAAGAGUUUUGAAGAUGAUUUCCGAAUGUAAAAGAGUUAUAUUUCACUCAAGAAACUUCACCUUAUGACAAUAUAAGUAGUAUGUAGCGAAGCUGUUCGAAUGAUGAUAAAUUAUUUACUCUACUGGGUGUUCUAAUAUCUACAAUGAAUCUAUAUGUAACUAGCAGAUGGAUUAAGGUUAGCACUUAGUCCUACUUGCAUAUAUGUGUAAAUGUAUAUCAUUAACUAUUAACUCACUGGAUUGUUAAUUGACGACCCUGUCCACUGAAGUAAUAAAAUCGUGUCGUUUUUUGUGUUAAAUGCAUGUUCAACUUUUGUUUUGUAAUUUAUUACUAAAAGUGAAUGGAUGAAAUAAUAUUUUGGGCAAACAUUAGUGAGUAAAAUUUUUGGUGGCUGAAAAUGAUCAUGACAAGUGAAAAUUGUUCAAAAUGUUAUUUAAAUAAAUGUUCAAAUAUUUUUCAGUCUUUGGUUAUGCUUCACACUUAAAUUUUAUUCAUUGUUGGACAGUGUUAUAUAAAAAUAACGUGGCCUAGGAAACAAUUUUGGUUAUCAAAUACUCAGAUUUAACUAUAGAUUUUUGUAAUUCAAUUGAAUUAAUUGUUAAUGAAAUUUUUGGCCAUAUUUGUAGAUGUUCUGGACUAAUUCGAUUUUAUACUGUGUAUAAACAAUUUUUUUUUCUUUUUGGCAUGUUUCAAUGAAUACCGUGUUUUUUAUAAAAACAUUUUUUGAAAGACCAAAAUUCAAGUGGAGAUAACGAAACAGACAACAUCCAUAACUAUACUAUAAUAUAAUUUGGAGACACAUGAAAUAAACCACGUUACGAACCCCUGAAUCAAACAAUAACUAUGAACUAAUUUGAAAUUAAUUAUUUAUGGUACUUCUUUCUCACGAAAACAUCUUAUGAAACGUGUUUGUAAAUUUUGAAUCAAAAAUUUUUGUAUGGAGGUGGAUUUAUAAAGGGAGCGAAAAGUACCUAGUGGUUCAAAGAUUUUAUCCAAUGAUCACCACGUUGGUGUGGCUCUCCAUGUUCAUUCUCCUGUACGCCGGAACACAUCAAUUAUUGCAAAAUAAACAAAAUCUGGACUCUUCCGAGAACAUUAUAUUCGGCCACUUGUUGUCUUUCCAAUAAACUUUACUCGUGCUCUGCAAUGAAAGUGCAGUAGCAGUCAUGUUGGCUUCAAUUUGUCUGAAUAAGAAUUAGUUUGGGACAUCAUGUACACUUCAUCCAUAAAUACGAAUCAACUAUUUGUAUAAAAGAACACCUGAUAUUUUGUUGAUAUGCUUUGUGAUAUUUUUUUUUUCAAAAUAUAUUAAGAAUGUUGGGAUACAAACAGUGAUCUCAUCAUAUAUUUAUUUUUAUAGUGUUCUCUCUAUUUUAUUUAUAUUUUUUUUAUGUUUUAUUGUUAUUAGUCGUAACAGGUUAUUCCUCUAAUAUAUUUUAUCAUAAUUCUGGAGAUAACCGCAAAUGCUUUGUUUUUGUUUUGCUGAUUUAUUAAAUAAAUCGUGUUGAAAAAAGAGAUACCUAAAUAAUUUCGUUGUGCGAUUCUAGUAAAUCGAAUAUAAUAGAAGACUGCAUAAUUUUAGAAGUUGAACCUUAAUAAAUAAAGACUUCCUAUCUAUUUUUCAGAACUAUUAUAUCAUUAAUCUGAGAUAAGAUUGCUUAGGAAAAUUUUUUUGUUGUGCUAGAAACAUUAUCUUUUAUAACAUUAUUCUCAAUAUUAGAUUAUUUGAUCUCCUCUCAUAUUGAUAUAUGAAUUCUGGAUAAUACCAAAUAAGUUCUAUAGACAAAAUAACCAAGGUAAUAACUGACAGAAAACUAAUCGAGAGAUGUCAACAAACUUUGUAUAAGAUAUGGAAUGAACAUCAAUUCUCAAGAUAGUAUCUUAGAUAAUAUGAUGAGAACACAAUAAUGUGUAUAAGCCAAACAUUUCCAAAGAAAUUCAAGCUAUUCAUGUGAACUUGGUAAUCCUUUUAUUGUGGUGCAUUAGCCCAAAAUUGUUUUAAAUAUUUUUCUUUUUCUAUGGGUCCUGUUGUUUUUUUGCAGUUCUAACGACUUUCCUCGUUUUUUUUUAUAUUUUCUGAUUCCAAUUGUUCUGUCUUCAUCAACUCUUGUAUUUAGUGGUAUCUAAUGGUGAUGAUUUAUUUCACCUACAUACAUGUCCAUUGCAUUUAAUUCUUUUCGAUUAGUAAAAUUGUACUAUAAAUCCUCAUUUAAUAUCUCUCUUCAAUCUCCUGGAUUAUUAGUUUAUUAGUGUCAUUAUGCUCUGCUUCUGCAGUUUCUCUUUCUGUAAUAAAUGUUUUUGCAGCAUAAGUUUCGACUAGUCCUAUUAUUACUAUUGUGUUUUUAUUUAGUCUCUUUAAAUAUUUUCUUAUUUAUACUAAUCCUAGAAAUUUUAUUAGAAUCUGAUCACAAGAUACUUUUUUAUGACCGUAAGACACUUUCCAUACCUAGCCAUGAGCUAUAGUGUUUAUUAUAUUAAAAGUGUUGCAAAUCACCAUGCAUGUUGUCAGUAUCAAAUUGUAUUGGUUAAGGGUAUAUAUUUCACACCCAGGGGUCAUUUGAGGUGACAGAAGAUACUUUAUAAAGGUUGUCAUUGAGUAUUCAUAACCUGUCUUAGCACACGGUAACACAUUUUUAAAAAAAUUUGUUUAAGUGAAGUGAAGAGCAAAACAAAUUGGAGGUUGUUAGUUAUCAUUGUAAUUUCUGUAAAUUGUUCCACCAAUAAACCAAAGUCUUUCAAGACUAUAUAGCAUCUAGAAUAGGCUACAAAAACUGACAUCAAAUUGUAAUAUUAAUCUCUUAUUGAGGCACUCUGUUUUUAAAAUUAUUUUGUGCUUAAAAGUAGGUUUUACUUAAGUCAUUAGAUUUUUUGAGACUAGACAGUAUUUUGGAGUUUUACACCAUAAGAGUAGAUAGUUAGGAUUAAGUACUAUUUUGAAAUGAUUUACUAGAUUCGUUCAAUAUUGAUACAAUUAUCAAAAAAAAAUUUAGGAACACGAAAAUGAACAUAAUUUGAUAUUAUUUCAUAAAUUGAUAAGAUAUUCUUACAUUCUCGUUUAAUUAAUAGUUAAUAUAUAAAUAAUAUAAAUUGUUGAAAUAUGCUUCAAAUUUUAAUAUCAUCUAAUGAGAAUAAAGAAAUAAUAUCUUAUAAAAAUGUAAAAUAAGGAUUGCAGUGUAUACAAAUUGUUCAAUUUUUUUUGUAGAAGGAAUUUGCUUUUUUGGUAUGUGAAGUAUUUCUUCUUCUAGAAAUGAAUGACUUUGUCAAUACAAUUUCUGCCUGCUUGAUUUAAUUUUAAAAUGGGUCCUUUUGUUUUAAGGAGAAAUGGGUGGACACCCCAAAAGAAGGUGUAUCAAGACUCCCUGACAUCUCCGUUAUUGCGCCACUGUUCAUGAACACUUUUUUGAAACAGAAUAUAGUAACUUACGACUCUUUUUAAAUGGAUGAAUUGAGAAUCUUAUUUUUCAAGUAUUUUCAUAUACCAGCUAGUUUCUAAAUAACAGUUAUUUAUUCAACAUAAAGCAGAAUAUUUCUGAGUCGUGAAACAUUAAUUUGUAUUCUUAUCUAAUUGAUGGUUUGCAGGAAUUUUUUUAUAUUAUUUUAUAGAUUCAUAAAUUAGAAAAAAAAAACAAAACUAAUAUAACUUCCAAAAAUACUCUGUAUUCAUAUGGGACGAAGUAUAUGGUAACAUAUCCUAAUGUCUUAUAAUCAAUCCCAGAAUAUGGACUGCGUUAUCAAAACGUUUGGCAGAUAUUUAAAAAACUAAGUAUAUUAAUUUACUUUCUAAAGUUAUUAUUCCGUUUAAAAAAAAGUAUAAAAAUGUUUAAUACCAAAGUUGUAGAGAAUUUGAUUCUGUAUAAUAUUGAUAAUGAAUACAAAUAGCGUGUAACCCACAGAAAACGAGAUAUUUGCAAGAAAUGUAAAAAAAAAUCGAUUUUUGUGACUUAUCACUCCUGAUUUUAAAACUUGCGACCAUCCAGGUGUGUCAAAAUAUAAGUUUUUACAUGGAAUAACCUAACCUAACCAAAUUUGACCUAAGAUGACUGGACUAAAAACACAUCAUAAAAUAUCUUAAAAAUAAUUGAAAUUUUAAAUAAAAUUAGAUUAUCAAAUUUGGUACCAUAUUGAAACUUCAACUUAAAUGCUUCCAUUUCUGUUUCAAAUCAAGUAUAUCAAAUUGUCAAUACUAUUUUCGUGAAUUUAUGGUUCGACUUGAAAUUGAAUGUAUACUCUAGUAUUGGUUAGAAUUAGAUUAAGAAGAGUGUAAACACAAGUCACUUAUUUUUUUAAAAUUUUCUCAAAUUAUUAUCUUUUUCCUUUAAAUCAGAGGUAGACAAAUACGAUUGAAGAAAUACUUCUAAUACUCAUAAUGUUAAUAUUGCUUGCAGCAAUUAUACUCUAGUCACAAUUCGUUUCAAAAAUUAAGUUAUUGAAAUUAUUUCUAUAUUUGUUACUUACAACUAAAUUUACAUAAAUGAACAAUAAUGUAGCGGGUUAGCCACAUUUGUAAAUGUACCGUACUGACUUAGUUUCUGUAGAAUAACUGUGGUGUACUGAUUAGUAUAUCAAUUAUAUAAUAUACGAUUUUUUGAUAGUAAAAGCUUCUAAUUUAAUUAGAUAUAUAUUUCUUAUGUUAAAAUCAAUUUUAAUAGUAACAUAAUUGUAAUUUAGCACUUUUUGAGUAUUGUUUUAAGCAGAAGAGCAUGCGUUAUCUGUGAUCAUGUAUAAUUAUUUUCCACAAUCAUUUAAAAAAAUAUUAUUUGUGCAAUAUACAGGGUUUGUUCAAAAUAACCGUUUUUGUAACUAUACAGUUUGUUUUCUAAAAAUAUGUCGAAUACCCAUUACAAACUUUUUGUUUUUAAAAAACUGUCAUUUUUUGUUCAGUUUAGAAGUAGAAAUGUGGUAAGAUGGAUUCGAUUCCAAAGUGUUGACUGUACUUUUGUUACAUCAAUAUUAAAUGAUCGUUAAACGUCCACUUAUAGUGCCAAUAGAGUCCAAAGAAUAGGUAAAUUUUACAUCCGAUCUUCUUUUAAUACUUAUUUAAAAAAACGUUAGUUAUUCUGCACUUCUUUUGGUUUUUUGAACAAUCCUCGCUAUUAGGAAUUUAUUUUAAUCACUCCCAAUGAAAAAUAUUGUAUACAAAAAAUAUAAAGCAUAAUAAAAUUUGAAAAAGCAA